AUGGCCUCAAAGCCAGGGAAAUCCAUGGUGAUUCCCAAGGGUAGCGCCAUGGAGCUCCUUUACCCUAGGGCAUCUUUAAUGGCCAACGGUGCAUCAGCUCAAGUGGUGGGCGAUGCCAGCGCAAAUGAGGUUGAUCCUGAUGGAGCCUUAAGCGUGGUCAUCCGUGCCAUUGUAGGAGAGAGAGGAAGUAGCACUAAGAGUGUGGGAAGAGAGGGUAGUGAUAAUGGGUAUGGGUUGAAUUGUGACGCCUACGAGGAUUGUCCCAUUGGGCACCUUGCGAAUGCAAACGAUGCCCUAGGCUGUGUAGGCAACACCAUAGCUGGCUUUUCAGGCAACGUCAUAGCUGACAGUGGCGACGUAAGCAGGUUGGUGUUGGGUGCCAGACAGUCUAGGCGCUGGAGCUGGUUGGCCUGGGCGACGCUAGGUAGUUUUGCACUGGGCGCUGACUACUUAGAUGCUGUCUGA